AUGGCCAACAAUUAUGGUGAGGCUAUCACUGUUGUUACUGCUGUCUUUCUCGGCAUUUCACUGACGACGGUGCUGCUGCGAUGUUUUGUGCGAUUCCGUGUGGUCCAGGCCUUUGGCUGGGAUGACACCUUGAUGGUUAUUGCAGCAAUCUUGAAUAUCGCGUUUGCAACAUGUGGCUUUGUAGGCGUAAAGUAUGGCAUGGGCAAGCAUCUUGAUUAUUUCCUCUUCCAUUACGAUGAUUUUCACAAAGCAUUAUUUUGCUUCUGGCUGGGCCAACUCUUCUACAUAGCUAUAGCCAUUGUCGGCAAAACCUCGAUUAUCCUGUUGCUACUCCGCAUCACAGUCAAUCGCAUCCAUAUCAGCAUUCUCUAUGCCACCAUGGCACUCAACAUGGUUGCUGGAUUGGUCUUCAUCUUUGUCACCAUCUUCCAGUGCACACCUGUCAACCACUUUUGGAACCGCCUGGAUCAGGACUUUGGCAAAUGUAUUGACAUUGGGGUUCUCAUUGGCGUUGCAUAUCUGUGCAGUGCUGUUGCAGCUCUUACUGACUUUAUUAUCGGCCUACUUCCGGCAUUCAUAAUAUGGAACUUGCACAUGUCACGGCGAAAUAAGAUUGCUGCGGGCAUGAUUUUGAGUCUGGGCUGCAUAGCAGGUAUCGCCGUCAUAAUUCGCUUCCCCUACCUCCAACACUAUGGUGACAAGGAAUUCCUCUAUAAAACCGCCAACAUCGCCAUCUGGUCGAACAUUGAAGCUGGCCUGGGUAUCACCGCUGGCUCCCUGCCAACAUUACGCCCCCUGAUCCGAUUCUUCCGCGAAGCCUCACAGGGCUCCUACGGCCGUAACCCAGACUCAUUCCCACUAUCAACUACCCUGGAAAAUAACACACAACUCCAACAGUCCAAGCUAGCACAGGAGGGUGAGCUGCGGCUCUGGCCCGGUGGCAGGGAUAUUGAGGCACAUGGGGUGCACACAGUGGUGGUAGGGAAUGGACGGGUUGCAGCUGCACCGGCGAGUAGCAGUGAGGAGGACUUGAGUCCGCAUCCGAGUACGGUGAUGGGGAGUCGGGAUUUGGGGCGGAUGCGAAAGGAGUGACCGUGACCUUUUCUUUAUUUUUCUCUCUGUUUUCCCUUUUUUGUUUCAUUCCAUAUACCCUUGAUUGUACUAUAUACUCGCAGCCCUAUCUUAUUUCUUCUACCAGUAUUCCGAACUAACGUAAAAAAAAAUUAAAAAAUAAAAAAAAAAGAGAGAGAGAGAGAGAGAAAGAAAAAGAAAAAGAAAAAGAAAAGAGCGAGCGAGC